CACCUUCCCCUCUCUGUUUUACAGUUUAAAAACUUAAAACCCACCUCUCUCUCUCUCUCUCUCUCUCCUUCUAGGUCAUUGCAAGUCCUUGCAAAAAGUUGAGAGCUUUAUUAAUCAAUCCACUAUACAUGUCUUGAGACUGACAACCCAUUGAUGAGACCGAACUAGAGAAGUUGUAGAGACAGGAGUUUUUACAAUGUUCAGUUACAGAUCACUGCUGUUUUGUACUCUUCUCACAACCUCCACUCUCUGCUUUUCAUUUUCACAUGGAGAAACUCACUUUCCCACCACUCAAACUCCACCAUUUUCAGGGGAAAUUAAUGAGGGGGGACAUGAUGGGUUGGUCUAUUUGGGUACCAAAAGGUUUCUUGCUGAGGGACCCGGUGGAGAUGAAUCUGAAUCUCCUCUGAACUCAUCUUAUCUUGUGUUGGCUGCAAAGAGGACGUACAGGAGAGACCCCCUUAAUGGGUUCAAGAAAUAUACAGGAGGUUAUAACAUCACUGAGCGCCAUUACUGGGCUUCUGUGGGGUUUACUGCUGCUCCUUUUUUUAUCAUUGCGGCUAUCUGGUUUUUCCUCUUUGGACUCUGCUUAUCUCUCAUCUGUCUCUGCUAUUGCUGUUGUAGAAGGGAGCCAUACGGCUACUCCAAAACAGCAUACGCUCUCUCUCUUAUUUUCCUCAUACUCUUCACUGUUGCGGCAAUAGUUGGAUGUGUUGUUUUGUACACGGGUCAACAAAAGUUUCACGAUAGUACGACAACGACCUUGGUCUAUGUGGUGAAUCAAGCCGAAACAACUGUGGAGAAACUUAACAAUGUUUCUGAGUAUCUUUCAGCAGCUAAGCAAGUUGGAGUGGAUAGAGUUUUUCUACCUUCUAAUGUCGGAACUGACAUCGAUGAGAUUCAAAGCAAGAUUAACUCUUCUGCUACCACCCUCAGAGUUCGAACAUCGGAUAACUCAGGAAACAUAAAAGAUCUCUUGGAUUCUGUUAGACGGGCUCUUAUAGUAAUUGCUGCUGUUAUGCUUGUCUUGACAUUUCUUGGAUUCUUAUUCUCAAUAUUCGGGAUGCAAUUUCUCGUGUACAUCUUGGUGAUCAUUGGAUGGAUACUUGUAACCGGAACCUUUAUUUUGUGCGGUGUAUUUCUUCUUCUACACAAUGUGACUGCAGAUACUUGCGUCUCAAUGGAUCAGUGGGUCCAAAACCCAACCGCACAUACGGCUUUAGACAAUAUACUGCCUUGUAUGGACAACGCCACAGCCCAGGAAACCUUGUUACGUAGCAAGGAAGUCACUUCCCAACUCGUCAACGUGGUUAACCAGGUCAUCACCAAUGUCUCGAAUAUCAACUUCGCCCCCAACUUUACCCCGCUAUUCUACAAUCAGUCCGGCCCUUUAAUGCCGACCUUGUGCAACCCAUAUAAUCCCGAUUUGACUAAUCGAGUUUGUGCUUCUGGUGAAGUGGACUUGAACAACGCUACAGAGGUAUGGAGAAACUAUGUCUGUCAGGUUUCAGCCAAUGACAUUUGCACAACAACGGGGCGUUUGACCCCCUCAAUCUAUAACCAAAUGACAGCCGGAGUGAAUGUGAGCUAUGGAUUAUACCACUAUGGCCCAUUCCUAGUUGAUCUGCAAGACUGCACAUUCGCACGACAAACCUUCACCGACAUUUAUCUGUAUCAUUGUCCUGGUCUGCAGCGGUACAGUGAGUGGAUCUAUGUAGGAUUGGUGAUGGUUUCUGUUGCUGUUAUGCUCUCUCUUGUUUUCUGGGUUAUAUAUGGGAGGGAGAGACGCCACCGUGUUUAUACCAAGCAGUUCUCAGAUGGAAUGGAUCGAGGUUUUGAAGGGGACAAGCAUAGUUAGAAAACUCAACUUAGGGCUUUUCUUAAGUUAUACUUACUGAUGCGUAUUUGAGUUAAAAACUUUGUAUCAGAUUUGGUGAUCAGGUUUGUUCUAUGUAAAAUGGUACUUUGUAGAGGUUAGUGUUCAAUUUGGAUUGAUUUUCCAUAAAAUGAUUGGUUUCAUCA